AUGCGCCGCUACAUCGGCGACCACCCUGGAGAUCUUGAUCUGACGAUGCAAAUUGAUCAAGAAAUCGAUAGCAAGAGCACCCCCACAUUGAGAGAAUCGACCGAGCAGGGACACCGAGCCUACCUCAUGAUGGAUCUGCCGGGACUCGAAGCAAGGAAGUGGCAGAUCAGGCGCUUCUGCAAGGUUGUUAAACAGCUUUGCACGCCACCAAGGCCCUCAACACUCGCACACAUGCCAUGGCUCCACAUUCGAUGUUCCUCGGGACCAAUUGAUCGAACCGCCCACUACGAUGAAGACCAAUCUGGAUAUCUAGGUAAACUGGUCACCCGCAUCGCUGGAUUGGAAUACUCUGGAUGGUUCCACAACAAGAUGUUCAUCCUCGCUCGCCUAGCCUCCGAAGAAGAAAUUCUUUUCGGAAAGUUACUACGCACCGGAAUAGCAUCGGCUUACCAUGACCUUGGCUCCGGUUUAAAUGAACACACUGACUACAUUGCCAACGUCAGACUCUGGGGAAAGACCUUUAUCAACGCAAACACAUCGGCCAAAGUGCUGGAACAAGAACGACAAGCGCGAAAAGAGAAGCUCAAGGCCCUUGAGGCACGGUGUAAAAACAUGCGCCCAGACUACGAAAGCAUCCAGAACAUGGUCCCUGAGGAUCGCGCCGUGCUAUCGGCGAAUCGAAAACGCUUCGGAAUCCGUGCAAAUGAAUUCGAACGCGGAUUGGAGUAUGUCGCGAUGAUGACGGCGACGGAUGCUGCGUGUCGGGAGCCACCGAAUCGGACAUAA